CCAGGCUUCCGCCGCCGUCGCGCCCCCAGCGGGAGAUGGAACAGCGGAACCGGCCCGGCGCCCUCGGAUACCUGCCGCCUCUGCUACUGCACGCCUUGCUGCUCUUCCUGGCCGACGCUACAUUUACUGAAGUCCCCAAAGAUGUGACAGUACGGGAAGGAGACGACAUCGAAAUGCCCUGCGCGUUCCGGGCCAGUGGAGCCACCUCAUAUUCGCUGGAAAUUCAGUGGUGGUAUCUCAAGGAGCCGCCCCGGGAGCUGCUACACGAGCUGGCGCUCAGCGUGCCAGGCGCCCGGAGCAAGGUAACAAAUUAGGAUGCAACUAAAAUCAGCACCGUGCGCGUCCAGGGCAAUGACAUCUCUCACAGGCUUCGGCUGUCGGCCGUGCGGCUGCAGGACGAGGGCGUGUACGAGUGCCGCGUGUCGGACUACAGCGACGACGACACGCAGGAGCACAAGGCCCAGGCGCUGCUGCGCGUGCUCUCGCGCUUCGCGCCGCCCAACAUGCAGGCCGCGGAGGCCGUGUCUCACAUCGGGUUAAUGGUGCCUGUUCUCUUGUCCCCUGCAGGCACUGGCCCUAGCUAUGCCACAGAUCCACUCCUGUCCCUGUUCCUGUUAGUUCUGCAUAAGUUUCUGCGCCUGCUGGUGGGGCACUGACAGACGUGGCCAUCCUGAGCACCUCUGCAGCACACACAACCUGCCCGGACCCUCAGUGAGGAACACGCCACCAGAUGGACACAGAGAGACUGAGAGAAGCAUGAAAAAGUCCAUGUGGAAAAUAAAUAAAUCAUAUUUUUUGGGGAAGUUACACAAAUGUAGAACACCUUAAAUAAUGCAUCUAGUUUCCAAAUAAGAUGGAGUUUGGGCCAUGCAGUAUGCAUGGAAUCAAUGAUUUCUCUACUUCAAUGUAUUUUUCUUUUUUACACUUUUCCUCCAAGUCUUCAUUUUGCACGAACUGUUGAGCAGUUAUCUUUAGGAUAAUAUGAAAAAAAAAAAAAAAAGUUGGGUCAAAGCCUUUCUGACAAAGCGAAAUAUUUUUAGUAGAUUAUUGUGUCUAGGAUUUUUUUUAUUUACUUUUUUCUUU